UGCUUCCUUCCCCUUCCCUCUCUCCCAGGUGCACCUGCAGCCCCAAGCCAUGUCCUGCUACAGCCCGUGCCGGCCCUGCCAGCCCUGCGGCCCCACCCCGCUGGCCAACAGCUGCAAUGAGCCCUGUGUCAGGCAGUGCCAGGACUCCACCGUGGCCAUCCAGCCCUCGCCUGUCGUGGUGACCCUGCCCGGCCCCAUCCUCAGCUCCUUCCCACAGAACACUGCCGUGGGAUCCUCCACCUCUGCUGCUGUUGGCAACAUCCUCAGCACUCAGGGAGUGCCCAUCAGCUCUGGGGGCUUUGGCCUCUCGGGCUUGGGCAGUGGCCUCUGUGGCAUCAGGGGCCUCCCCUGCUAAAGCUGCUGGCCGUGGCCCUGGGGAGGGAACCCAGGCACUGCCAGCAUGGAACCGCCCUGGGGACGCAGCAGCGGCUUGUUGCUUCCUGAGGGGCUGAGCAAGCCCAGCAGCCCUUGCAGAAGGACAGGGCCAGCCUGGGCUCUUGGCAAGCACAGCCCAGCCCUGCCUCUGCCCUCUGCCACUGCCUCCUUUCCCUCCUGUGUCCUUGUUCCCUUGUGCUCCCCUGGGCUGUGAGCCCCACACAGCCGUCCUGGGGAGGACCUGCUGGCCCUCUCUGGAUCAGGCAGAUGAUCCCUGCUGGGAUCUCUGCCACAGCCAUGGGAUGGGGAUUCUAAGCUGACCCUGGUGCUCUCUGCACUGAGGCCUCCACUCAAGAGUGACCUUGUUUUCAUCUUUUGACUCAUUAAAUUUCUGAUGC